ACCAGAUGCGGGCCUUUGGGUAGUGAAUGUUCCCCUUUCUGUGGGGCUGCUGAGGUGAGAGCACCAUCACAGGCAGGACCAGCCUCCCAGGGGCCACACCCUGUGUGUCUGACUGUUCAGAGGACACUGUGGCCUCUUACAUCUGCACAGCAAGGUGUAAAGAGAGGAGACGCCAUGACUCCCACCCUCACGGCCCUGCUCUGCCUCGGGCUGAGUGUGGGCCUCAGGACUCCAAUGCAGGCAGGACCCCUCCCCAAGCCCACCAUCUGGGCUGAACCAGGCCCUGUGAUCCCCUGGGGGAGCCCCGUGACCAUCUGGUGUGAGGGGAACCCAGAGGCUGAGGAGUACCUUUUGGAGAAAGAGGGAAGCACAGCACCAUGGAAAACAGAGAAGCCACUGGAGCCCAGGGACAAGGUGAUGUUGUCCAUCACCCGCAUGACAGAGGGUGAUGCUGGUAGAUAUCGCUGUCAGUAUCGCAGCCCUGCUGGCUGGUCAGAGCACAGUGAUACCCUGGAGCUGGUGGUGACAGGAUCCUACAGCAAACCCAGCCUGUCAGCCCUGCCCAGCCCUGUCAUGACCUCAGGAGGGAACGUGACCCUCCAGUGUGGCUCAGGACAGCGAUUUGGCAGAUUCAUUCUGACUAAGGAAGGAGAUCACAGGCUCUCCUGGGUCCUGCACUCACAGCCACAGCCCAGUGGGCAGUUCCAGGCUCAGUUCCCUGUGGGCCCUGUGACCCCCAGCCACAGGUGGAGGUUCAGAUGCUAUGGCUGUUCCAAGAACAGACCCUAUGUGUGCUCACAGCCCAGUGAUGCCCUGGAGAUCCUGGUUUCAGGUGAGUCUGGGAAGCCCUCCCUCCUGAGCCAGCAGGGCCCCAUCGUGGCCUCUGGACAGAACCUGACCCUCCAGUGUCGCUCUGAUGUCGGCUAUGACAGAUUCGCUCUGCACAAGGAGGGGGGACGGGACCUCGCCCAGAGCCUUGUCCUGCAGCCCCAGGCUGGGCUCUCUCAGGCCCACUUCCCCCUGGACACUGAGAGCAGCUCCCACGGGGGCAGGUACAGAUGCUAUGGUGGAUACAACCUCUCCUCUGAGUGGUCGGCCCCCAGUGACCCCCUGGACAUCCUGGUGGCAGGAUGGCUGCCUGACAGACCCUCCCUCUUGGUGCAGCCAGGCCCCAGGGUGGCCUCAGGAGUGAACGUGACCCUGCUGUGUCAGUCACAGAGGCCGAGGGACACGUUCCUUCUGUCCAAGGAGGGGGCAGCCGAUCCCCCAAUGCGUCUGAGAUCAGAGUAUGGAGCUCAGCAGUACCAGGCGGAGUUCUCCAUGAGCCCUGUGACCUCAGCCCACGGGGGCACCUACAGGUGCUACAGCUCACGCAGCACCUCCCCCUACCUGCUGUCACUCCCCAGUGAGUCCAUGGAGCUCCUGGUCUCAGUUCCCAAAUGGAACCUGAACAUCCUGAUCGGGGUCUCCGUGGCCCUUUUCCUGCUGCUCUCCAUCCUCCUGUUUCUCCUCCUCCUCCGACACCGAAGUCAGCGCAAAGGCAGGAUGUCAGGUGGGUAAGGGACGGGGUGACCUGGGUCACAGGAGGGGGGCUCAGAGCACCAGCCACAGAAAACCAAAUGGAUGGAGAAGGUCAGCUGGGAAAAGGAUUUCUCCAGAAUCUCAAAUCGGAAACUGUAGAAAGAAAACACUCAAUGUUAGCACACGUGUAUGUAAUUAAGGUAAUCAUUCAUCACCUUCGAUCUUAUGAAAUAUUAAAAUUUACACACAAGGUAUGUUAAGGUUUCCUCGUUUUCAGUGGAAUCUCAUGGGGAGGGGGUUCUAACCUCCCAGGGCUGAGACUGUCCCUCUUGUCCAGCCCAGAGAGGGGUUCAUGUCCAACCUCCUGCAGGGACCACACACCCAGACGCCAAGGACAGAGGCCUGCAGAGCAGCUCCAGCCCAGCUGUGGACACCCAGGAGGAGCACCUCUGUGAGAGGAAGAGACAGCUGCCCUGGGGGCGAGGGCACAGGGUUUGGG